AAAAAAUAAAAAUAAAAAACGAAGGAGGGUUUCGCGAUCCCCCACCCACCUCUCCCGUCGCUCAUGGCUGAGCCGCCGUCUCAGUCGCCGGCGCAGACGCCGCCGCAGCAGCAGCAUCCGCAGGGGCCCGGGGAGAGCGCGCGCGACGACAUGAUGGCCUGCGUGGCGGCGCUGGAGGCGGCGAUGCUGCCGUGCCUCCCCGCGCGGGAGCUGCAGGCCGUCGACCGCUCCCUCCAGUCCUCCCACCAGAUUGAUGUUGAGAGGCACGCGAGGGAUUUCAUGGAGGCUGCAAAGAAGCUCCAGUCUUACUUCAUCAGCCUGCAGCGUGAGGAUCGACCGACGACAGAAGAAAUGCUCCGGAAGGAUAUUGCUACAAUGGAGGAAGAGCUGAAGACCAAGUCGGAGCUCAUUGCCAAACACAAGAAGCUCAUUGAAGGGUGGCAGAAAGAGCUGAAGGACCAGCUCGGCAAGCAUGUCACUGAACUCGAAAGAGUGUGACCCCAUAGUGUUCUCUAACAGGUCCCAGGCUCCUAAGCACAAUCAGCCUGAGUGAACCCAGUAUUGGCUUA